CCCACCGCACCACAAAAUGCGGUACAAAGUUCGAAUCGUAAGGGAUGUUCUGUAAAUGCGUGUGUACAUUUGUCAUUAGAUCUAGCACAACGAGCCGUAAUUACCGAGAGAGAGGUGAAGUAGCACAGACUUAGCACCCGAUGUGAGGAAAAUGUGAAGGUUGUUUCCUCCUGAAAAAGGCUGGAAUCAUCAUAAUACGGUGGAUAUUUUGCCCGGGUUUCUAACUUCUGAACUCCUCGAACGCCACGUGACGCGACCCGACCAUGGAUCAGAAUAUUUCAGUGGCAAACCAGACUUGUAUCAUUGCCACAUACAGAGGUUUUCUUGUUCAUGGCUCCUUCCCCUUCGCUGUGUGUAUCAUCUUGAUUCUCAGCUUCAUACAACGGACCAAGAAGGAGAGACAGCCAGGGGCUCUGCAAAAUCCUCUGCGUGAUCUCUUCUCUCUGAUCUAUCCCAUAGACUUGUUUGACAACCAUGACCGUCUGCCGCACUGCCUGGCCUUCGGUGCUGCAUCCUCCAUGGUUCUUGACCUCAUCUUCGGUGACUACCAGUCCUAUUUCUUCGGUUGGGUCAUGCCUGGAUGGUCCAAGAUAUUGUUUGGCACCAUCGUGACCAUAGAAAUCGCCGUGGACUGUUUCCCCUUCUUUGCUUGCAUCACCUGCAAGUCUCGGCUCAUAGCCAAUGGCAUGGGAUUUCUGUAUCUGGCUGGCUGGUUUAUCAUGCUGAUCUUGAUCAGUGUCGGCUGUGAAAGCCGUGGCCAUGAAAACAAGGAGCCGUAUCCAGUCCUGGUACCACAGAUCCCUGUGCUGAUCUGCAUCUUCCUGCUCACUAUUUACUUCCUCGGCAUGUUUAUCUCCAUUCUCAUCCAGCGCCACAAGGGAAUCACACUCACGAGUCAGGAGAGGCUGUACAAGACUCAUCAGGCGAUCUACGUCAGAAAUCUCCUCAACAAGCCUGCUGAAGUAGUGUACACAGGCUGGCGUGCUAGAUUUGUGAAGUUCUACAAGCCUCACCCAGGCUUCAUCUACCCAACCCGGGUGCUCAUGCCAUGUUUUGUCUGCAUAAUCAGUAUUUACCAGGUUGCAUUUUGGUUCAUACCCCUGGGACUCAACCUAAUAAACCUUGCCUAUGGUACACUGAUGGGCUUGGCCGCCCAGCAUUAUAAUCUCCUCAACGACACUGAGACGUUGGCUAAUAUCACCGCCCAAGUGAACCAGGCGCACACCGGACUCAGAGUCAGCUGGUGGAUUGCUAGCAUUCUGUCAAUCAUUGUUGCCCUUCUCUACACUCCACACAUCUUGAAGAAUUACAGGAAACACUUGAUGAGCAUGUGGGCAGGGAAACACAAGUUGCAAACAGCUGUGACACUGAAGUCUGCUGAUUCUAUUGUUGGCAGUUUGAAGUACAUCGGAUUUCAAGUGGCUGUUUUCCUCACAGGUUACAUGGUUGUGCAAGGAUUCAUCUUCGUACUUGUGGCAGGCAUUACGUUUAUUGUGCUAGCCAGCAUGUGGUACUUCCAGACAUUUUUCAUUUCCUUUGUAGUGGAUGUUAUUGUGCCCUCAACUAUCAUUAGUGUGUUGGUGAUGUACAGUCAGAAUAUCAUUGUCAAGCAUUGCUUCACUCAGGCCAAGCUCGACCCAGGUGAUGCUGAUGUACCCCUCGCACUGAAACACAGAGUGUGGUUUCUACUGUACUCCUAUGUGACUUUGUUCCUGAAUAUGUUGUACGGGCUGGUCUUUGCGGUACUCCGCAUCGUGAUUGGGACGAUCAUUUCUGUGAUUCUCCUGCCACGCAUUGACCGGCCCAUCUGGGCACCGGGCGUGGGUGACAAAGACUUAGUCUACGUAAUGUACGCGGGCAACCUGUACACCGAGAACGCUCACAGCAACCCCAUUCUGGUCAUGUUCUGUCACCUGAUGGUCUACGAUGUCCUGAAACCAAAGCGGCAGCGACUGAAACUGGCCCAUCAUCACAGCCUGACGGCCAGAGAAGGACUGGUCAACAGCCAGGAACCCAGCUACACGGAUUUGGAGAGCACUGCGACAGAGAAAGAACGACCCAAUCUCUUGAGGUACUUCCGUUGGCACCUGGCCUACACGCUGAUCAACAAUCCCUCCCUGAUCCAGCUGCGGAAGCACUCAGCCAUCUUGCCCGAGCAGGAGGUGGUGAUAUCCCCAGAUGGGCAGGCCAAGUUUGUCAACGCCGGGAAAGGGAACGGAGGGCAUCAGUUGCUGCCUCACAUCGUGGAGGUGAUGAAGCGGCAAGACCAGAUAAGAAGCAACCAGGAAGCAUCUCCCUCAGUGGCUGAGCCUUCUGUGAAUGCGGUUGACCCGGGACUGAUUGUCCUAGAUGAUGCCGCCCCACCGUACCAGCCACGCCCGCCUAAUGCCAAUCUUCCUAUGCAGCAGGUGGGUCUGUCUGGUGAACACGACAAUCCGAUCUUAUCGGGAACGGGCGAGAAGGAACUCCAUUCUGCAGGCUCUGAAAGUACUGCCUAGUUGUGCUUAAUCCCAAACUUUAAACUCGGAUUGGAAUUUUUCCUCAGAUCAGCUGACUUCCUUUAUUUUUCAUUUCACACUUUUGCCGGUUAAAGAUUGAAAAAAAACCACUGUUACAUAAGUCUUGUAAAGCUUGGAAAUUCCUCUUUUUUGGUUAGUUCCCAUUUGCAUGCCUAUAAACUCUUUUUGUAUGGUGAUCUGAUAUAUCGGAUAUAUAACUUGAAUCCUCUUAGAGACAACGAGCUGAUAUAUCCACUCAAAUAUCAUAGCUAUUUUUUAAAAUGCCUUCUAAUUAAAGCAAUUACUUCCGAAAUAAGAGUUAGUUUCCAAAUGUAUAUAAACAUGAAUGUAUGGAACACGAAGAGUACUGCAGCAUGUCCACAACUAAAUUCACAGUAUUAUGGUAUAGUUUCUGUAAAAAAAAUUCUAUACAGGGAAUGUUACGUUGGUAUGCUUAACUAGGUACCACAAUACUCGUAUAUCAGCAUUGAUACCAGAGCCAGUAGAUUGGAACAUGAUUUCUGUUUACGUGAUCAAAACUGCGACCUUUUAGAAGAUUAGGAAUUGUACUAUACAAAGUGUAUUCUAGAAUGUAUGAAAAUUUAAGAUAUUUUAUGUAUUUAAAAUAAUUAAAGGUGAUAAUGUAUCUGUAAUUAUUCAAAUUUUAACAAUUCCGGCGAUUCACAAUGCAGUGCGCCACCAAGAGUUUGCCAUGGAGAGUUCAUUUUUCCCAGUGCAUUGUGGGUAAUGG